CUAAAACCGGAAGUGUAGACUUCAUGUGCGAAGUGUUAGGAGAAGAUGCCACGAAUAAUCAUCUGUCAUUCGUCUGUUGCGAAGCAACUACAACAGAUCAGUUGUAAAGAUGACAAAGCGGUGGGGUUAUUGAUAGGUUACUCAAGUGAUGAUAUUUUGACAGUUUCUGCAUGUGUCCGUUGUAUGUCUAAUAAUGUGUUAGCAGAAUUGGAAGACAUUGAUACAUAUCUACCUGGAGGUGUGUUCAUAGUGGGUUACUUCCAUCACAAAAGUAAAGAUUUACUGAAAAAGUUAUCUACACAGUUUUCCCAGUUACUAAUUCUAACCUUACCAGAUAACCUGACCAAUCUUUUAUCUGAAGAUAAUUUUAACUUUUGGACAGCAGAGGAUGGGAAGAGUUCUGUUACUGUAAACAUUUCAGAGGAGAGUGUUGUCAAUACAUGUGUCAUAGCCAGGAAUACAUGUUGUAUUGAUGUGACUGUAGAUAUAGGAGACAGUGAAGAAUCAUGGAAAAAGAGCUUGAGUAAAGAAAUAGACAGACAAUGUAAAAUAAUAAAGUCUGGCUGUAUAAUGUAUAAACUUCAACAGAGCAAUGUAUUGAUUGGUGGAAACCAGUCAUGUGGUAUAACGUUAACUAAAGACAGUAAAUGUGUAGAUUUGUAUGACUUGAUAGAGGAGGAUGGUGGAAUUUACAAAAGGACCAGGAAGAAAAAAGAUAAACAUUUGGAAACGUUACAAUUUACAACAUACUUUAAGAGAAGUGGAACACCUACAGAUGAAAAUAUCCCACCUUGUGCCCCAGUUAUAUACCAUAAUAUUGUAAACACUAAAUCAGUGGACCUUACAUUAUGUAUUGACACAAUAUCCACAGUGACAACUGAUACUACUGUUAGUAAACUAGCUGUAGCUAUGUCAACAAGUGUGUGUCGUCAAUUAAAGGCAAUGACCAACUGUUUGAUGCAGCAUUCCAAGAGAGGAGAUUUUCAGACACCACAACCAUACCAUUUCCAGCCAUUAAGCCUGAAUACUUUUCUUACUGUAACUUAUCCUUCAAAAAUGUCUGAUGAUGAUUUAGUUGAAAGACGAAGAGAUUUACACAAAAUGUUUUGUCUAAAUGAUGAUAAACCAGUUUUCAGAAGAAACAAUAAGCACAUGUUCUUGGAAGACCUUGAAAAAUACGGCUACUUGAUAAAUCCACAUGCAGGUUUAUCAUCUUCUGGAGUGAAAGAUGGUACUCCAUAUAUUGUACAAGGAUUAUACAGCUACCAUCAUUACAUGCAGGACAGAUUUGAUGACAAUAAGUGGGGAUGUGCUUACCGUUCUCUACAGACUCUUAUAUCCUGGUUCAGACUUCAGGGUUAUACUGAGAAACCUAUACCAGGUCAUAAAGAAAUACAGCAGGCAUUAGUAGAUGUAGGAGACAAAGAUCCAAAGUUUGUUGGAUCCAGGCAGUGGAUUGGGUCUAUGGAAUGCAGUUAUGUGUUGGACCAUUUAAUAGGGGUAACCUCAAAGAUAAUGUUUGUCAGUGCUGGUGCUGAUUUGUCUUCUAAAGGGAGAGAAUUGGCUCAGCAUUUCACAACACAAGGAACACCUAUAAUGAUUGGAGGAGGGGUAUUAGCACACACAAUAUUAGGAGUAGAUUUUAACGAUGUGACAGGGGAUUUGAAGUUUUUGAUCCUAGACCCUCACUAUACUGGUGCAGAAGAGUUGAAAGUUAUUCAAGAUAAGGGUUGGUGUGGUUGGAAAGGAACAGAUUUUUGGGACCAGACAGCACAUUACAAUUUAUGUAUGCCUCAGAGACCUACUUGUAUUUGAACUUAAAUAAUACAUAAAAUGGAUCAAUAUUUUUA